UUUUUUUUUUAUAAAACAUCAACUGUUUUUUCUUUCCUUUUGUAUAAUAAAUAACACAUAUAUCGUUCGAUUUCAUGACCAUUCAAGAAUCCGAAAAAAUUUCUGUUUCCCCUAGAAACAGCUUCACCCAAUCGUUCAAAAUUGAAGAAACUGCAAUUGACAAUGCUAUCGAAGAAGAUGAAUCAUCUGUUAUCAAUGAAUUUGGCCAUGGUGAUGGUUCUUUUUUUACUGCUUAUUUCAGUGUCGUCUGCGUAGUUGCAGGUACAGGUACCCUUGGUCUUCCCAAAGCCUUUGCCAUAGGUGGUUGGUUAGGUGUUUUAAUCAUGUUCUUGGCCUACUUCAUGUCUGUUUACAGUGGUAUCAUCUUGAUUCGCUGUUUGUAUUAUAAGCCCGGCCACCGUCUUCACAACUACAAAUCUGUCGGUGUUGCUGCAUUUGGUAUUCCUGGUUAUAUCAUUGCUAGUGUUCUUCACCUUCUCAACAUUUUCGGUUGUCCUGCUCUUUAUAUGGUUCUUGCUAGUAGCAACUUGAACUAUUUGCUUCGUAAUACAAGCGGUGCCCUUGAUCUCAAGACCUGGAACUGUAUCAUUGGUGCUAUUUUGUUGAUUCCCGGUCUCGUCGCCAGAACAUUAAAAGAAAUCACCGCCCUUUCUGUCGUUGCUGUCCUCAGUACCAUGAUUGCCGUUUUUGCUGUUGCUAUUCAAGGUCCUCUUGAACGUAACGCAAAGCCCGCUGGUUCUGUUAUCACCGACGGUGUUAUUUGGACUGGUUUCCCUUCUGCUCUUGCUACCAUUGCUUUUUCUUACGGUGGUAUUAACACAUAUCCUCACGCUGAACAUGCUUUGAAGAAGCCUCACCAAUGGAAAUGGGCCGUUUUUGCUGGUUUGAGUACCUGUACUGGUCUCUACCUCUUGACAGCUGUUCCUGGCUACUGGGCCUAUGGUCGUGAAACCCAGUCUCCUGUCUAUAACUCCUUGGAAAAUGAAGCUGCCCGUAUGGUUGCUGUCAUUGUCAUGACUGUGCAUGUUAUCUUGGCUAUCCCUAUCUAUACUAUCUCCUUUUCUUUGGAAUUUGAAGAAUGGAUCAAGUGUUCUGAUGAAAAGUAUGGCAAGUUUGGUGCUUGGGCCGUUCGCUCUAUUGUUCGUACUGCCACCAUGGCUAUUCUUGUCGUGUUGGCUAUCUUUGUUCCUUACUUUGAUGACUUUAUGAGUUUGAUUGGUGCUCUUGCCAACUGUGGUCUUGUGUUCCUUUUGCCUGUUUCUUGUUACUUGAAGCUUACUGGUAUUCGUAACAAGCCUUGGUACGAGCUUGCUUUCUGUGCUCUUACUCUCUUUUUGGGUAUCAUUGGUUGUAUUUUUGGUUCUAUUGAUGCUAUCAAGGCCCUUAUCAGAGAUUUCAAUAGUUAAAUACCUUCACGUAAAACUCUUUUUUUUUUCGAUACCAUCAUAUCCUCUCUAUCUUUUGUUUCCUUUAAUCACAUAUUAUACAUAUGUAAACACUCAUUUUGUAAAUACAUAUAUAUACUUUAGAAUAUAUUCAGUAAAUAAAACCCUAUUUUACACAUUCAUUCGUCACUUUGAAAAGGGUCUAUUGAAUUACUCAUUAUGUAAGUGCUGCGUAAGUCAGGAAGUGAGUUACCGCGGAUAAGGUAAACCCAAAUGUGAAUUCAACAUUCUGUUCACUUAUUACAGAAUUAUACUUACCCAUGACUGUAUAAGU